CCCUCUCGGCUGGGCGCGCGCGCUCCCAGGCGCUCCGGACUCUUCGCGGCAGUCGGCGGGGGCGCGCAGGAGGGUCGGAGCGCGCAGCCGCGCCACGGCCCCGCCCCCUCCUCCUGGUCCUCCCUCCCUCCCCCCCCCCCCGCUCGGGUCUGCGCUGGGCGGCCUGGGGCUGGUGGCGCGCGCCGGCCGGCGGGCCCGAGUCUGGGGAAAGAAAGUUGGCCGAAGUCGGACGAACGUCGCCAGAGGAAGAGGAGGCCACACAAAACCAGCCCACCAUGGCCGCAGCUGCUCCUACCCGGUUACCUCGAAUGCCUUCAACAUCACAAUCAAGCGUUGCAGAGUCUUCCAUGAGAGAACGUAUGAGAGAGAAGCUCAAAGCUGCACGGUCUAGAGCAGAAAGUGCUUUGCUAGAAGAAGUCUCAAGUUCACGGUCUCUGAAAAGUCUCCGAGAAAGGAAAUCACAUGUUAGACUAGUAAAUAAGGUGGGUAAAGAUGAACCAAGUUCCACACAACAGGAUGAAUCAAAGGCAUCUGCAAGAGUAAAGUUUCACGAUUCAGCCAGGAAAACGCAACAGAAAUCCCAGCUCCAGACUGGUUAUCCUUCUUCUGAAGAAGCCUACAACUUCUUCACUUUCGAGUUCAGUCCUGAGCCAGAGAACGUACAGGAAGAAACCCAAAAGAAGGAAAAACGCCGCCCUGACCCGGGUGACGAGGAGGCAGAAGAGGAGGAAUCCAAUUCUGGGCACGUAGAAGAACAGACAGAGGGUGAAAUGAAUGAAGAAGAGCGUCUCGUUCACGAUAAAGAGGACAAGGAUUUACUCAUCCUAGAACAGGGAUCUGCCGACGUCCUAGUGGUUAGAGGUGCUGAAUACGAGAGCUACUCUCAGAGACUGCAAAAGGAGAGAGAACUGUUGUUUACUCCCAGCAAGCUAAGAGUUCCUGCCUCUCUAAAAGUACCCGAAAAUAUGCAACCAAGGUACCUGGAGGAUGAAGGUCUGUAUACAGGAGAGCGGCCAGAUGUGCCUCUGACAAACCAAAACAUUAUGGAGAAUAGAGUACUCCAGCAGGAACAGGGGAAAAAAUGGUUUGGAGAUGAUGGCAAAAUUUUGGCUUUGCCCAAUCCAGUGAAGCAAUCCUGUACAAGACCUCCGAUAUUCUCAGUGGAGGAAGGUAAAGAGCCAGAGCUGGAGACAUUUUAUAGAAAGGCCAUGAAAAAGAUGCCUGCAAGUCAGUACAUUGUGGGGUCAGGGGACCCAGUCGGGCAGUUCCAGUUGGAUGUUGAUAUUUCAGGGUUAAUAUUCACCCAUCACCCCUGCUUUAGCCGCGAGCAUGUCUUGGCAGCUAAACUGGCUCAGUUGUAUGACCAGUACCUGUUGAGGAAACAGAGAAAUCUUUCCAAACUGCUGACAGAUAAGCUGCAUGCACUGAGAAAUGCCCUACACAGUAUCUUGGGUACCAGUGAAAUGGGAAUCCUGCAUCCAGUCGCACAACAGACUAUUACAGAAUAUAUGCUUGAAAUAAGGCAAACCCGAAAACUUCGUGAUGCUGAACAAGAAAGAGAUCGAGUAUUGCUGAAGGCCAUCAUCAAGGUUUGGAAGGAAAUCAAAUCCCUGCGGGACUUCCAGAAGUUCACCAACACACCCCUGAAGCUCUGCUUGCGAAAGGAAGAAGUUGAUAAGCAGAUGGACAAGAAGACAUAUGAGGAGGAAAUCAAGGCUGAAAUUGCUGAAUUAAUGGAAGAGUACACAGAGGAAUAUGAAAAGAAAAUGCAAGACUACAAAACAGAACUUCAGGAGUGGAAAUCCUGGAAAAGAACUCAGAAGUCCAGGAAGAGCAAGAAGAAGAAAAGCCCAGAGGAUGAAGAAGCAGAUGAACUCGAGUGUGCCGAGGAUCCCGUGAAGCCCAUUCCUCCCCCACCGGUUGACCGGUUGCAGGUGGAGCAGCAGGUGCGGGAAAAAGCCGCCAACAUUCGACGGAGGCCAGAAGAACCGGCUUUAGUUCCUGAGCUGAGCCUAACAGGGAACAUCACUCCCACGGAACUUUGUCCCAGGGCUGAAAUUUCCAGACGUGAAGAUUUAAAGAAACGGUCUCUGUUUUCAAAAGUCCUUUUUAACUCCAAAGAGGUGUCGCGGACAGUUUCCCGGCAAAUAAACGUAGACUUCAGAAUUCACUUCGGACAGAUUUUCAACUUGCAAAUAUUCAACUGGCCGGAGAGUUUGAAAUUGCAGAUUUAUGAAACAGUCGGUCACAGCAGCACGAACUUGUUGGCUGAAGUGUUCGUACCGAUUCCUGAGACCACAGUUCUGACUGGGGGAGCUCCCAUUGAAGAAAUAGAAUUCAGCAGUGACCAGCGUGUGGUUUUGGACCAUGAAGGCGUGGGGAGUGGCGUACCAUUUUCAUUUGAAGCGGAUGGCAGCAAUAAAGUCACCUUGAUGACAUCCGGCAAAGUAUCUUGCAGCGUUUCCUGGGCAGUCGGAGAAAAUGGAGUUCCCUUAAUUCCUCCCAUAUCACAGAAAAAUGCGGGGUUCUUCAGUGCUGUAAAAAAUGUGGACGCCAUUGCCUCUAUCGGCACCUCAGGAUUGACAGACAUGAAGAAACUCGCCAAGUGGGCAGCGGAGACCAAACUGGACCCAAACAACCCGAGCAAUGCGGCCCUGAUGCAUCUGAUAAUGGUGGCCACCAGUGGAGACGCUUCAGUUCCCGACUUCUUCCGGCUGGAGCAAUUGCAGCAGGAAUUUAAUUUUGUUUCCGACGAUGAAUUUAACAGAUCCAAAAGAUUUCGACUUCUUCAGCUCAGGAAUAGCGAGGUGGCUGAGUUUCGAAGUUAUAAAUUUGUUCCAUUGUUAGAAAGAGAAAUUAGUGAAAGAAUUUUCCAGGACUAUGAGAAAAGGCUGCAGGAGAGAAACAUUGUUGACACAAAAGACCACCUGGAUGCACACAGAACUUUAGUCGCAAAGUACCUCCAAAAGGUGAGGGAAUCUAUCAUGGACUGGAGACCCAGACACCUGACACGGUGGAACAGAUAUUGCACCUCAGCCCUUCGGCAUUUCUUGCCCCUGCUGGAAGAGAAUCGGGGCAAAGAUAUAGAAGAUGACCAUCAGGCGGAAUUACAAAAACAGCUGGGAGACUACAGGGUUUCAGGAUUUCCUAUCCAUGUGCCAUUUUCAGAAAUCAGCCCUUUGAUCGAAGCCGUCUAUACUACAGGAGUCCACAACAUCGAUGUUCCAAAUAUAGAGUUUGCACUAGCCGUGUAUGUUCAUGCUUACCCUAAAAGCGUUCUAUCAGUGUGGGUAUAUGUUGCCUCCUUGGUUCGCAACAGAUAGAAGCUGAUUAAACAAACCCUCGUGCUUGAGUUCUUCCCAUCAAAGAAUGCCACAGAUAACUGAAACGGUACCUUCUUUUAGUGUUUGAAUUCUUAAGAAUUGUGCAGUAACGUUUCUCGUACCCUUUACAUUGUCAUAGAUUCUAAUUUUGUACUUUUAUACCGUAAAGACAAACACUACACGUAUCAA